CGAGGACUUACUGGUCGGCACCAAGGUACUUCCCCGUCAUUGCUGCGCCUCCACUGUUUCCAGGGUCUCCGUCCCCUCGGAUUAUUCGCUAUACUCCGUUAGGCCAGCCGCUAGUAUACCGCGCGUGAUGCUCGGCCAAUUCUCCGGCUCUUGAUCAGUCUCAGUUGCGCUCUAUGUUGGCUCGUGAUGACUGACGGUCACGUUACUCUUUUGUCCUCCUCAUUUCUUUACCUCUCGUGUCUUAGCAUCCUUCCUCCUUAUACGAUCUUCACCGUCGCUUAAAGCGCGGAGCUAGAAUCUGCUUUGAAUAUACUACGGGAACAGACGGGUGAGGAAUGAGUUGAAGCGGAUUCAAAUCGCUUUCAUUAUGUCAGUCAACGAUGAGCAGCGUGGUCCCCAUGUUGGUGAAUACCCAUCCGAUGACGAUAAUCGCGGGGAACCUGCGGAUGCCGGAUUCGACCCUUCCUCCUUUCCGAAUGCCGUCAAAGCGCGGAAAGAAGAAUAUACCCGCCACCGGUCUAUCAAAGUGAAGGUAGGGUCCUGGAAUGUGGCUGCCAUCGCUGGCACGGAGAGAGAUAUCGGGAAGUGGUUUGUGCAAAAGCAAGGAGUAUGCCGACAGCCCUUAUCGGGGUCGCAAAACGGCUCGUCCUCGAAAUCCACGAACUCCGCGGCUGCUGCUCCACUCCUUGAAACACCCCCGGACGAGAUUGGUCUCUAUGUCCUAGGCCUGCAGGAGAUCGUUGAUGUCUCCUCACCUGCGGAAGCAUUGAGACCAUUUGUUGAUCCGGCCCCGGCCAAUCGCUGGAAAAGAGCUGUUGAAGAUGCACUACCACCAGGCUACAGAUUGAUUGCAGAAAUUCAGCUUAUUGGGCUAUUACAACUCAUCUAUGCUGCACCAUCCAUUGCCGAUAGCAUUUCGGCGGUAAGCUCCACUAGUGUCGGUACGGGCUUGCUGGGAUACAUGGGCAACAAGGGAGCCGUCGCGACGCGCCUGCUAGUAGGUGAGACUACGUGUAUCAUCUUCGUCAACUGUCAUCUAGCAGCCGGGUCAGACAAGGCCAGCUUAGAUCGACGGAAUUGGGAUGCCUCUCAAAUCGUCGCUCGAACGAAGUUCGACGCGGUGGAUACUGACUAUACUCUUCGGGAUGCGCCCUGCGAAACAAUUGGGGACGAAGAUUACGCAUUCUGGUUCGGAGACCUGAAUUAUCGCCUGGAGGAUAUCCCUGGCGAUGACGUACGGCAGGUUCUUGCACGGCACACAGAGAACGAAUAUGACAGAAGACAUGCUGCGUUACGCGACGUGAUCGGUUCACCUUCUUCCCCGCACGUUGUCAUCGACGAAAACAGCUCGAGUAACUCGCCUGUAUCAGAGGAACUUCCCAGCGAAUCCGAUGAAGAGCUAGACCCUCAUCAAGAUCCGGCUUCUCUACAAACAACGAUAUCGUCGUUAUUCCCCCAUGACCAAUUACGCAUGCAACAGAAUAAACAGAAAGCUUUCCAUGAGGGCUGGCGUGAGGGCCCAAUUUCGUUUCUGCCCACGUACAAGUACGAUGUAGGCAGCAUGGCGCGGUUUGACACGAGCGAGAAACAUAGAGGACCAAGUUGGUGUGAUCGUAUCCUCUAUCGAUCGCGCAAGGACAAAAUGAGAUACGAAAAGCUGGUUGAAGAAGCCGCCGAGGCUCGAAAAAAGGACGAAGAAAUGAAAGCAAGGGGCCUUGAGAGCGCCGCGGCCGAUGACAACGUUUUGUUCGACUACGAUCCGGACGCCGAUGGUGAAAGCGGUGAUGAGUAUGAUCCGGAUGAUGACCGAAAUAAAGACGACGCCUUGCCGGCUACAAUGUCGGAAGCAGACAGCUCCAUACAGCUAGAUUAUUAUACUUCUCACCAAGGUAUUCUAACCUCAGACCACAAACCGCUGGUUGCUGGCUUUACGCUAGAACUCGACUGUGUGGAACCGAAACUUAAGGCUCAAAUCCACCAGGAAGUUGUUAGGGAGUUAGAUAGGGCCGAAAAUGAGUCUCGACCGGGUCUAACGGUUGUGGUCGACAAUCACAGCAUUGAGCCGUCUAAGUCAAACUCGGACCCAAAUGCUAUAGAUUUUGGGGACGUAUAUCUGGACGCUCCCGUCAACCGGUCACUGACUGUUGCAAACACCAGCAGAGUGCCUGCUACAUUUUCAAUCCAGAAACCAGAGCGUGAUGCUGAUCAAGAGGUAACGUCGUGGCUAGAGUACAGGGUUGAGAAACCUCAUCAUGAUGAAUCUGAAGACUCAAAUCAUUCAGCGCCAUCAAACGAAUGUACGCUCUUGCCUGGGGAGCUAGCCAUGGUUGAAGUCACAAUCUGGGUGCGAGAUAUCCGGUUCGUCCGCUCACUUAACAAUGGACAAUUGAAGCUCGAAGAAAUCCUGGUCCUUCGGGUAAAGGAUGGUAGAGAUCAUUUUAUCUCUACCUACGGGAAUUGGCUUCCUACGGCUUUUGGACGUAGCUUGGAGGAGCUCACUAUGCUUCCCGAGACUGGCGCGCGCAGUCUGGCCGCUCAUCCAACAGAAAGUCAUGAAAGGAAACCAGAAGUGCCGGUCUCCGCUCCCAGGGAGCUUUUCAAGCUGACGGAAGCGAUCACUGAUCUUACGGAACGUGCCGUCGCCGAGUGGGGCAUGGUAAAAGGGGAGGACGACGAGAUGGUCAAGGCUCCAUGGGAGAGAGAGCCACAUGGAUAUGCGUGGCCUUUUAAACCUGAUACCUGGACGCUGAAAGACAAGGAAGCACGUUCGCCGUUGCUAGCAUUUGCUCGCGAGGCCCUGGACACCAACAAACCUUUCAGCCAGGUGUUUGCACCUGAAGUGUCGUCGCUGCAUCGCCUGGAGAUCCUAAGCGAAGUUCUUGUCGCUUUCCUACGCUCCCUGAAAGAUGGGAUAAUCUCGGUUACCGUCUGGGAAAGCCUUGACCAACAAAUCCAAGCACGUGAAAGGGUCAAGCAGCCUCCGCUCUCCUGGGAAGACUCCCAGGCUUGGGUCCUCGAGAGCCUUGCCUCCUCACCAGCCCACAGCGUCUCCUUCACUUUCGUAACCUUCAUGCUCGCACGAAUUGCCAACGAAGUCGCCCCCGUGCCUUCCAUGCCUCCUCUAUCCCAAAGAGAACCAGACCUGAAAGAAAACACAAAAGACACAUCUCAAUCGGAUAAGGACAAGGACAACCAAUCGUCGACAUCUUCCCCAAUAUCCCGAGCCUCAUUCAUCUCUGGCGGGAGUCUCCGUCGAAAGGCCACAAUAUCCGCGUCAUCCGUCUCACUGUCUCCACAAGACAUAACCACUGUGAAUAUGAUCCAACGCCGGCUCGCUGUGGAAAGUGCCAUAGCCACUUUUUUUUCGUCUGUGAUUAUAUCUUCUGAUGUUCCAACCCCUUCCAAGGAUAAAGAGAGACGGCUCCUGGAGGACCGGAAGCGCAGCAUUAUCGAGCCGUUCUUGAAAGCUGUUGGGGUAGAUUAUUAUGGUCCUUCCGGCGGUGCGCCGUGA